AUGGGGCAACCGCCUCAUGUUAUGCAUGAGGGGUUGGAAUCUGACCUUAGUAAAGACCAUAGAGCCUCUAAUAAGGUUCAUAACAAACAGAAACAGAGGGAACAACAGCCUCAGCAGCAGGUAUUGAACAGAGACAUCAGCCAACAGACUGCCAAGGAAAAUAAAGAGAAACAACAAUCUGUAAAAAGGAAUGAUAAUGAUCAAGGGAAACAAAUUGAUACAAUUGAUACUGACAGCACUCCUAAGAGUAAGAAUAAACCCAGUGAACAAAAAAGAGAUGCUGCAAAAAGAAGGCAAAACAGGCAGCAAAACAGGGCAGUGAUCAUGAGCAUGAAGGAGGGGAAGAAUCAUGCUCAGUAUAUGACUCCUCCAAUAAUUGAUCCUCCCGAUAAGAAGCAACAAAAGUGUAAGGUUAAUACUGAGCCUAUUUUGGAUGAAUAUGUUGUGGUUAAUUCUGAAGAUGAACUUGAUGGCGAUUAUCAAUCUCUAGAUGAUCAGGAUGAUUAUGAUGAGACUAGUGAGGCCCUUAUUAGGGCUUUUAGUCCUUAUAAUAAUCAGACACUAGAGAAUGAGAUCCAACAAGACAGAUUCCACUUCAAAAAACAGGAUGCCAAUACUGUCACUGCAGGCAGACCUAAUACCAGGCUAUUUUCCUCCAGAUCUUCCCAAUGA